GGUCCAUGUUGGCCUGACUGCAUCACACAAUUCCCUCUGGGAAUCUCCUGUUCUACUGCAUCCCAGAGAUGUUCUAGUGGAUCCCAAUCCAGUGACUGGUGCAGUUUGAAAAGGCAGAUGAACAGAUAGCUGAUCAUGAAGUCAGUGGGUGAAGGAGAAGCUGUGGUGGCUGCCGUAACUGUAGAGGACAGGCACAGCAGAAUUGUAAACUGGUUUGGAAAGACGGUCAGACAUCAUCUUAUAGCAGUCGGGGUCCUCCAGAUCUUCAGUGGUGUUCUUAACAGCUUCAUGACCAUCUUCUUCACCUGCCUGUAUAACAGAUGUAGUCUCUAUCUGAUGUCUUCACUUUGGCCAUGCCCCUUUUAUUUUAUAUGUGGAAUUUUUGCCAUAGAAAUUCAGAAGAGACCAGCACGACACAAAGUUUCAUCCCUGAUGGCACUAAACAUAUUCAGUUUGAUCCUGGGAUUGUGUGCUGGUGUCAUUCACGUAUUACAGAUGUCUCUACUUCAUCUCUUCAUGCUUACGACGGUUCAAGUCAUCAUUGCACUUUUAACACUCCUGGGAAUGGUCAGCUCCAUGUACUGUCUGAUCCUGAUCUGCCUGUCAUUCGAAAGAUACCAGCUACGCUAUAAAGUGCGCUACCGACGAUUAACAGAGGAGUUAAAUGAAAAUGACACAACCUAAAUGGGAACAGAAGUCUUGUCAAAAUGAAGAGACUUUGCUUGUUUUUUCCUUCAUGCAUUUGGAGUGCAAAUCGUCAAAGAAAACAACAAAACAAAGCAGAUGAAUCGUAAAAGUGAAAUUUUAUGGCCACAGAAACUGAGAAGUAUUGCAGGAGGGCUGCAUGAGUUCACUAUGGGGAACAAAGACAUAGUUUGGAGAGAGUUCUCUAACUUGAAAUGAGAAAAAUUAGAUAAUAAUAAUAAUAAUAAUAAUAAUAAUAAUAAGAAGAAGAAGAAGAAGAAUACAUUUUAUUUAUAUAGCGCUUUUCCCAUGAUGCUGGAAGCUGCUUUAUUUUUCUACAAUUGGUAUUUGAAUAUUCCAGUGGUUUGCAUAAAUAAUUAAAACACAAUGGAUCAAAGCAUUUCCAUUUUUAAUGUACUAUAUUAUAAUGUUUAUGUUAUUAAAUGAA